AUGAAUUUUGAAUUUGAGAGGGAGAUCGGUUUUAUAAACAGCCAGCCGUCCCUAGCAGAGUGCCUGACGUCCUUCCCCGCCGUCCUGGAGUCAUUUCAAACUUCAUCAAUCAAGGAGUCGACAGUAAUUCCGCCUCCCUUCGAGCACACCAUCCCCAGCCUCAGCCCCUGCACAGGCAGCCAGCCGAGACCGACUGCGAGGAGCCAGCAGAACCGGGGAACCUCCGUCACUAAUGGCCUCCAGACGCACCACCGAGCUGCCCAGCAGCCCUGUCCGCCCGGUCAGGCCCCUGCCCCGGCUGCGGCUACCGCGGCCGGUCCGCUGGCCCACGAGUUCCCCUGGAUGAAGGAGAAGAAGUCAUCCAAGAAAUGCCCCAAGCCCGGCGGCAGCUCCAGCGGUGCCGGACCCAUCAUCCCCCCCGCAUCGUCCUCCCCGUCGCCCACAGCCUCUGGGUACGCUUCGGCGGGCAUCGAGUCGCCCACAGGUCGGUAUGCCGGGAUGGGGGAGUGAUGGGCGGGUGUGUGGUGAGGGAGUGCAGCCUGUGCUUUCAGGAAUAACCUUCAUUACAGUCCGUAUCAAAGUGCUUACAUGACAUUGUCUUUUCCACCUCAGUGUGUGUGUGUGCAUGUGUGUGUAGCUGUGUGCGUGUGAUUGUAUUGUGCAGUGUGCUGUGAUGCUGUGUCAACAGGGAAGCCAUAUCUAGACCCCUGCAUUAUGCUGCAGUGCUGCUCUGCACACUCUGUCAUCAUGCAUCUAAAUAUGCACCAUUACAGCCUCUCCGUCAUGUUUAGGAUCAAUAUGUAACUUUGAGCUUCACUCUGAGUGCAGAGCUUUCACACCAGCAGCAGCAGCACCAUCAUCCUCUUACACCCCACAGCCUUCAUUUACUUAAUGCAUUAUCUUCAUAUAUGAGGGGGAUUUGUCGUGCGUAAUUACGCACGGAUAAGGAGUGUUUUUUGGAGCUGCAGCUGCAUCAUCCUGCUCACUGGCUGCUGUGAUUUGCAGCAGCAGCAGCAUCUCCCUGCUAUUAUAUAUUCAUAACACAACUGAGAUGGUGGCCAUGUUGGAUGGAGGAAGGAAAUAUAGUGGGAACAGAAUAUAGUGGGGUGGGGGUUGGGGGGCUGAACUCCAUCCACACAGGAUCCAGACUUUUUUAGUGGGUUUACAUCAUUUCUGUCUUUCACACACAACUCCACAACAAUCACUCUAAAUCCCACACACAAUCAUUUUUGUUUUCUCACUCGUGGAGCUGCUCGGCCUCUUGUUUCUGACAGACACCGCCACAUUCGCUCCACAUCGACAUUCCCACAUUUCCCCGCACAUUUCCUCUCUGUCUGCUGAUUUAUUUAUCCUCCUCUCUUUGCUUCUUUCUGUUAACGCGCCGCAGCCUCUCACAGCGGGCUGGCUGCUCUCUACCAAAGAGAAAAAUCCCACCCUGACAUUAUGAUCAUCAGUCUUUAUCUGCCUUUUCCUUUUUUUAUUGUUAUUAUUAUUUUACCAGCACCUAAUUGGUCCGCUCUCACAUUUAUGGCUUUGGCUGCUGCCGUAAUUGGAAGGAGUAUUUUUUAUGAGACUUUUGGUUUUAUUACUGUUUUAUUACAGACAGAGAAGCCGAGGGGAUUCCUGCAGCAGCAGCAGCUUAUUUCUUGGCUGGAAAUCUUCCUCGCAAUAAAAGUGUGUCUGUUUUACGGGCGCCUCUUUUGGAGUAGAUUACAAUUUGAGGUUUAAACGGAAAAAUAAAAUUAUGAUAAAAAAUGAGAAUAGCUUUAGGAGAGUUUGCACCAUAAAUCCUCCACAUAAUCUCCUUUAUGUGUCUCUGUCUCCCCGCAGACCCGGGACAGGCGGGUCUGGAUGCUGGAGGAGCCGGGUCCCGCAGGCUGCGCACCGCCUACACCAACACGCAGCUGCUGGAGCUGGAGAAGGAGUUCCACUUCAACAAGUACCUCUGCCGGCCCAGGAGGGUGGAGAUCGCCGCUCUGCUGGAUCUGACCGAGCGUCAGGUCAAAGUCUGGUUCCAGAACCGGCGGAUGAAACACAAGCGGCAGACCACGCACCACCGGGACGGGAGCGGCGGAGGCCCGGAGUCCAGCGACCCGGGCGGGUUUGAGCCGCUCGAAGGCGCCGAUGCCUCCUCUCCGUACUCCAGCCAGCCGCUGGAAGCUUCGGGCACCGGGGAGGCUUCAUCCGAGAGCGAAUCGGGGAGCGGCAAUCCAUCAUCGGCCGCCUACACUGCUGACAGCGGCGACAAUGCGCAGCCCACGCCGGAGGAGAGAGGCCGUGUGAGCCGCCCACCUCUGCCGGGAGCAUCUGGCUCCUCUGACUCCCCGCAAGACCCGGGCCUGAUGCAGCUCAGCGAGGCCGGGCCCGCGGCGGCACCGGCACCGGCCUCCGAUCCGUCCUUCCCCGAGCAGCAGCAGGACUCCUCCAUCAGCUCCUCCUCGGCUCCACCGGCCUCCUGCUCCUCGUCGUCCUCCUCCGCGCUCCCGGACCUGACCUUCUUCGCCGGGGACGCCUGCCUGUCCCCCAGCCUGCAGAGCUCCCUGGACAGCCCGGUGGAUUUCUCCGAGGAGGACUUCGACCUGUUCACGAGCACGCUGUGCACCAUAGACCUGCAGCACCUGAACUUCUGA